AUGAUCCCUCUCAACGCCAAGUUCGCUAUUGUCAUAUACGCUGUAUUUUUGGUCGCGGAAAUUGUUGACGGAAAUGAAAGGAAUUCGGGAGACUCCCUCACCAUGAAUACCAUGAUAAGGGAUAUGUGCAGCAGAUCGCUGUCAAGACUUAUAUACCAGAUUUGUACGGGAAAUGUGCAGAUUAGUGAUUUACCGUCUGACAGACUGUCGAAUGUGCGGGGGAAGAGAGCAGCUCUGUUGUUCAAGGAGAGACUGAAGAGACAGGUCGCUGACGAGUGCUGCUUAAAUCCAUGUUCAGUGUCGCAACUUAUUGAGUACUGUCCGGACACUUGGUGA